AAUAGCACUUACUUCUCCCUCCAGAUCACGAAAACAAGACCGAAAAGAGAGAGAAAAAAGAUGAACGAAAAAAGGAGAAACGUGUACCUGUGUGUAUGUACGUGUGUGCGUAUGUAGGUAUGUCUGUUUGUAAGUAUUUGUUUAUGUGCGUGUGGUUGUGUGUACGUAUACCUACCUGUGAACGUGAUUGCCAUUGAUAUCAGCUGCAUUAGAAACAAUAGUCAAGUUGUGAUUUUCGGAGAACUCGAUGUAUUGGAGGGCACUCCUUAUAUUACUGCUAAGAUAACGCGAGAGUGCAGCAACUUGAACAUCCAGCAGAAUUCCUCAGCCGUGGCAAUAGUACAACGUCUUUUCCCGAAUAUCCUCAAGUGAACACCGAGAUUUGAAGAGGACAGCAUCAUAUAUUAUUUGUUUUAAAUUUGUAUUGUUUCUUUUUUAUUAUUGACAUAAUUGAACUGUCUUUAUACUGCUAGAAUAAUUAUUAUAUCAUCAGAAGAUAGAUAAAGGAAACAAAAAUCUAUUUGGUAUAUUACCAAGUUGUAAUAUUUUUGCAGAUACUUUGCUUUUCCAUGUUAAGGUCCACUUGUAUAGAAAAGCAAGUGCCUAAUGAAGGUUCUGCAAAGUUGUUUCUAUUCUUUGUCAUGAGAACCCAUAGCAUAUUGAAUUUCAUGAGGUUUGUAGCAUAUCAGUUGGACUAUUCACCAAAACUUAUGAUACUGUGCAACAGAGUGGGCCAGCAAAAGUUUGCACACCAAUUUGACGUUGCAUGCCAUCCAUUAGAUGUUUUACUCUUUGGCUUGUCAAGGCAGAGUGACAGAAGGGUUCUCUUGCAGUUGCAAAGUCACAGUUACAUCUCCUAGCAUUGUAAAAGUCUGCAUUCUAGCCAGCGAACCUUCUGAAGAUGAGUGUGAGCGGUGCCAGCAAGACAGACGUUAUCCAGCAUGACCCACAAGAGGCGGAAAAAAGCACCGACUCCCCUCCGUCUCUUCCCUGCCUUGGUGCCGAGAGCAACAAGGACACAGGCACCAAGGAUGAAACUCCGGCGUCAUUGCCUGCUGACCAAAAUGGCCAGGACAGCAGCCAGCAGACUCCAAACGUGGCACCUCAAGAGACGACACAAGAAUGUCCAGCAGUGCCGGCGGCAGUUUGCGAAGCCGAGACAAAAGACAGUGCCAGUGGAGAAGGUGGAAAAGUGGGGGACAAAUCCCAGGAGGGAAGCCAUGACUCUGAGUGUAGAUCCCAAGAGAAAGACACAACUUGUGAGGAUGCCAGAAAAGCCGAGGGAAAGUCCUUGGAAGUAAACAUUGCUGGAGAAAUGGCUUCUGUGUUUGCGGAGGUGAAGAGUGAGUUUAAAACCGCAUUUAAGGAUGUACAUAGUGAACUAUGCUCGGCUGUGCAUGAGAUUAAGGACGAACUUAGUCAAGUACUUAUUUCUUCUACUCAGUCUAUAUCAGGUGCUUCAGACCAAGUGAUAAGAGAGCAAACAGAGAGUAAGACAGACAUUGAAGGUAAUAUUAUAGCCCCAGGGAGUGAUGCCAGACCUCCUGUGGACCACUCUAGUUUUAAGGAAGUGUUAACGACAGAAAAAGAAUUGGUGGUGGGUGAGCAAGAGAAAAAUACAGGUAUAUCUGAGGAACCCCAUGGUUUUGAAGAGAAAGAUGCUGUUGCAAAGGAAGUGAAGCCAGUCCAGCAUCAUGAAGGGGCAAAAAGGAGGUCAGGUUGUGUAAAUAUAGAGGACAGGAUAAAUGAGAACAGUCUUUGCUGCAGUGAGAGUGAUACUUUGUUUCAGAACCCUGAAAGUUUCAAAACAGAGAAUGGUGUGGUCAAAGUUUAUGAUGCAAAGGUUGAGCAACAGCAGUCAAAGGAUGCUAGUGACAGUGAGAAUUUGCAAACAGAAACCCAAGAGGGGAACCAAGAUAAAUUCGGGGACCAAAAAAAUAACAAAGAAUCCGAGAUUCAGAUGACAGACAAGCAAAAGGAGGAGCAGGGCAUCAAAGAUCAACCACUGUCGGCCCCAAGUACUCCAAUACCCCCAGCAGCUGGCCAUCCACGCAAGUCCAUCCGCCUCCAGGGCUGCCGUGGCCGCAGGGUCUCCUUCCCAGAAGAUGACACUCGCCUCAUCUCCAGCUACCUGGAGCCUGUGAACCCAUGGCAGCAGAUGUCUGGCGUCACGGUCGAGGAGAUUGCUGCCGCCUACAGGUCCUCUUGUGAGCGCCAUCGCACGCAGCCCCUGCCAACCGUAGUCCAGCAGAUCAAGGCGCUGCCCUUAGGCGUUGGGGGCCGGGUGGAGUGCCUGAGUCUCCGUGGGCAGAGGCUGGACGGAAGCCAGUGCGAGGGCUUGGAGGAAAUAUUUCGCAGAGUGCAGUUCAAGAUCCUUGACUUGGAAGGCUGUUCCUUAGAUGACGACACUGCCAUUCCCCUAUUUGAUAUGAUUGAGUUCUAUGACUCUGCAACACAGCUAAAUAUUUCUUGCAAUGCAAAGAUUGGCUUCAGGGGUUGGCAGGCUUGCUCCCGCAUGCUAAAGCGAACACCAUCUGUGGAGUAUCUUGAUGCUCGCAACACAAACCUCAAUGAGACCAAUAUGCCCAUCUUAGGGAGAGCACUUCGACUAGGGGCUCGUCUGCACACACUUCACCUAGAAAACUGCAAUUUGACUGGAAGGCCUCUAAUAAUGCUUACUGCAGCCUUAAAGCAUAAUGACACCCUAGCUGAAUUGUACUUAGCAGAGAAUCGGCUUGGUGUCAAUGACUGCAUACAACUUGGAAACCUGGUGCGGGCAAAUAACACGCUCCGUCUCCUUGACCUUCGUAACAAUAAUGUACAAGAUGCAGGUUGUGGUCAUGUUUGUGAGGGCAUUGCAGAACAGCAGAUGCAGCAGAUACAAGAGGGGAAUUCACAGGAAACGGAGAGCUCUAGGGUGAAGGGACUUAAUUCCCUAGUCCUCUGGAACAACCACCUGACUCAGCAGUCAGCAACUCAUCUGGCUAGUAUGCUGAAUGUCACCACAGCGCUUGAGACUCUGAAUCUAGGUCGCAACAACCUCACUAGUGAAGGCAUCUUACGGCUGAAGGAGUCUCUCCUGAGGAACCGUGCCUUGCUGCGGCUGGGUCUCCAAGCUGCCAGGGUUGCAGAUGAGGGAGCAGUUGCACUGGCUGAAUACACGGCAGACAAUACAGCCAUCCAGCACAUUGACCUGCGUGAGAAUCCAAUACGGGUGGCAGGUCUCAUGGCCCUCGCACAUUCGUUGAGGCUUAAUUCUACAAUCAUCCAGAUGGACUUGGACUCUGACCCGAGAACAGAACCAGCUGUUGAAUUAGCCGAACAACACACAAUGUUACAAAAAGAGAUCAAAGAAUAUUGUCAACGAAACCUCACUCGAAGUCAUAUCAGGGCCACAGAGGUGCAGGCCAAAGACAACAGCCAGGACACUUCCAAAAGCCAUUCACCAAAUGAGGGUUUAGCCACAUGCAUAAGGAAGAUAUCUCUUACCUGCGAAACCUCAACGAAAACUACCAUUACAGAGAAGAUUGAAGGCCCUAUCCUAGAGGAGGAAAAACCAAAAUACACAAGUCCAGAGCCAAGCCCUCUGCCCAGUCCUUCUCCCAGCCCUUGUGCGAGUCCCUCCCCUAGCCCGGUUCCCAGUCCACUUAAAAAUAGGUUUCGAGUUAUCAAAGUGCAGGAGACCUCCAAGAGCCCAGUCCAGUCACCUAUAAGUUCCUGCCACGCAGCUGGUCUCUGUAGUUCAGCACCUGCAACUCCUACAGGCAGGAGCAUGUCAUCAGGAGACCUGAGCUCACUGCCCAAGCAGGCUUCUGUUCGACCCAAUAGAUUUAGCAUAGGUGGCCGUUUCACUGUUACUCGUGUGGUUGAAUCUUCAGCACCUUCAGGAACUUGCAGCCUGCCUUCAAGCCAUACAAAAGUUACAACAACACAGUCAGCAUGCACUAUUGCAGUUGCAACUACCGCUGAAAGCCCGAAGAUUGUUAUAUCUUCUCCUGUUAGAGUAGAGAGAGGGUUUAGUGUGGAUGGUAUUACAACCUCAGUUAUACCUAAGCAGGUCUUGCAACAGUCAGAAAAGUUGGCAAGCACUGAUAAUGGGUCCGACCAAAACAAAAACGUUUUUGACUCUGAUGGUCUUCCAGCAGUUCAAGCAGGGUCACAGCCGCCCUCAGGAGUACACGUCCGAUUGAAAUCAGACAGUAGUGAUGGUGAUGAUGUGUUUCUAGAUUCUCCUUGCUUGACCUCAACUAAUGGCAGAUGCUCUGUCGUGUGCAAGAGUGGUUGUGACAGCCGCAGCACGGAUAAGGAUGCCGAUUCAGUGAGUUCGUGUGACCUGACAGACAGCGGCUUCCUUGAUGAGGGCCUGUGUGGCAGGGGUGCUGUCAGCCCCUCCCCCAGCUUGUGCAGCCCCAAUCCAGAAGGCGACAGGGACUCUCUC